GGAUGUGGGUAAAGACUGAGAGGAGUGUACUGCCUGCAGUCGUCCUGUGGGGGGCAGCAAAGCUACCGGACCUUUUAUGUAAAGUAGAAGAAGAAGAAGAAGAACAAGCAGCAGUCCAAGGGAGUGCAUCAUCCAUCUUCUGGGAGAGCACGAAAGCACCAGCCAUCUAACGACCGACUAGAAAAAACAUCGGCCAUCAUGGGCGCCGUUUUGGGAUUGUGCUCCAUGGCGAGCUGGAUCCCGUGCUUGUGCGGCAGCGCCCCCUGCUUGCUGUCUCGAUGCUGCCCCAGUGGAAAUAACUCUACAGUGACCCGCCUCAUCUACGCCUUCUUCCUGCUGCUGGGAGUGGGUAUCGCCUGUAUCAUGUUGAUGCCCGGCAUGGAGGGUCAGCUCAAGAAGAUUCCUGGUUUCUGUGAAGGGGGCUCGGGCUCGUCCAUCCCAGGCGUAGAGGGCCACGUGAACUGCGACGUGCUGGUCGGCUACAAGGCCGUGUACCGCGUCUGCUUUGGCAUGGCCCUGUUCUUCCUGCUCUUCUCUCUGCUCAUGAUCAAGGUCAAGAGCAGCCAUGACCCCCGGGCUGCGCUGCACAACGGGUUUUGGUUCUUUAAGUUUGCUGCAGCUGCUGGCAUCACUAUCGGAUCCUUCUUCAUCUCGGAAGGCUCCUUCACUACUGUGUGGUUCUACAUCGGCAUGGCCGGAGCCUUCUGCUUCAUCCUCAUCCAGCUGGUUUUGCUCAUCGACUUCGCCCACUCCUGGAAUGAGUCCUGGGUGGAGAAGAUGGAAGAGGGCAACUCCCGCUGCUGGUAUGCAGCUCUGCUGUCGGUCACCGCAGUGAACUACCUGCUGUCUCUGGUGUCUCUGGUCAUGUUCUACGUCUACUACACCCACUCCGAGGGUUGCACCGAAAACAAGGUCUUCAUCAGCAUCAACAUGCUCCUGUGCGUGGCGGCCUCCGUCCUGUCCAUCCUGCCUCCGAUCCAGGAGUCCCAGCCCCGGUCUGGCCUUCUGCAGUCCUCCCUGGUCACCCUGUACACCAUGUAUCUGACCUGGUCUGCCAUGACCAACGAGCCUGAUAGGAAAUGCAACCCGAGCCUUCUGGGUAUUAUCGGGCUGAACAGCACCAGUCCUGCCGGCCAGGACCACGUGGUUCAGUGGUGGGAUGCCCAGGGCAUUGUGGGAUUGAUCCUCUUCCUCAUGUGUGUCCUCUACUCCAGCAUUCGGAACUCGUCCAACGCCCAGGUGAACAAACUGACUCUGACCAGCGACGAGUCGGCCCUGAUCGAGGACGGGCCGACGGCUGACGGCUUUGAGGAGGGCAGCGGCGCCAACCGAGCCGUGGACAACGAGAAGGACGGCGUCACCUACUCCUACUCCUUCUUCCACUUCAUGCUCUUCCUGGCGUCGCUCUACAUCAUGAUGACGCUCACCAACUGGUACAGCCCUGACUCCCACUACCAGGCCAUGACCAGCAAGUGGCCGUCGGUGUGGGUGAAGAUCUCCUCCAGCUGGAUCUGCAUCGCCCUCUACGUGUGGACACUGGUGGCUCCGCUGGUCCUGGUCAACAGAGACUUUGACUGAAAACGGCAGCGCCGUCCCACCGUUCCAGACAAACAAAUCCAUGCUCUGCUUCACCUGUGUUUUUGUUUCAGCUAAGUCAGUUUAAAAAAAAAAAAAAAUAAUAAUCACUAGCUCGCUAGCCUCACCCCGUCAGUUCCAGCUGCAGCAGAGGGGCCUGAGGGCUGUUUCAGGACUGUUUGGUUAAGGGGGGGCCGCGGGCUCGCGGCUGAUGUUCCCGCUACAGCUCUGGCUGCAGCCUGGUUCCUCUGCUGCAACGUCAUUGUGAAUCCUCAGCAGCCUGUUGUAGUGGUCUCCCCCCCUCCCCCCCCGUGCUGUUUGCCAUUGUAAAUAUGUCCCGUGUAUUUCUUGCGAUGAUUUUAGUUUUCUUUCUAUAAACAGAGCUGCAUGCUUUUUCUUAUAAUAAAAAAAAACUAACGUAUUUGACAUGAACAGUGGCUGUAACUGAAGCUUGUGUGAGGACGAUGACUGACAGCGGCCGACUACGCCGACGGCAGUAUUGCAGGUGGAAGCGCACGUGGGAAUUAAGUGCUUAGCUUGCGCCAGAUGGGUUCAGUUGUGUAUGAGCAGGACUCCAGUGGUGGCACAGACAGUGUGUGUGUGUUCUACCAGCUGUGCGUGUCCUCUGCAGCAUACACGAUAAAAGGCAUUCCUGUUUUUGGGUUGCUUCCGAUUUGAAGUUUUAACUUUAAAUGUCAAAUUGCAAACUUCUGGAUCAUUUGGUAGCAUUUUAGCAUGUAGUUUCUCACACACGCCCUGUGUUUUGUGUGCAUUUGUAUGAUUACCCAAACCUGUGCUUUGAUCCCAAUGUUUUAGUUUUUUUUUCUCUCCACAUUUAAAAGUAUACUGUAACUCGUUUAAUAAAACAGAGGUAAAAGAGGGCGAGUGUGCUUUGUUCCUUCCCUCCAUGCUGCUGGGUCGUUUGGACAAAGAGAUGGAGCUGAUUUUAAAAUCAAUCCCUCGACCAACAGUCUCAGCUGUUGCUAUAACGACCUCAUCACGGUUUCUGUCAAGUUACACUUCACACUCCAUAAGCUACCUUCAAACCCUCGCUUCAUCCGCUAGGAAUAGUACAAUAUGUCCACUACGUAGAUAAACUGUCAUUUUAUGAGAUGGCUUAUUUAACCAGUUCCAGUUACGUGGGCAAAUAAAUAAAUGGUUCUCAUGAAAAAUUG